CGCAGAGCAGCUCGCCCAGGCUCCCGGCGCCGGCAGCAGCACCCAGCGAGAGGGGCCACCGCCACCGCUGUCACUGCUGCCACCACCGCUGCCACCGCCACCGCCACCGCCACUGCCACCGCACCGGGCGCAGCUGGGCCAGCCCCGAGGACCCGGCCCCGCAGCAUGGCCCCGGCGCUCCUGGCCGCCUGCCUCCUCUGCCUCCGACUUUCAACAGACUUUGCGACAGCAGCAUCAGCUGCGGACAGCACGGACCCUGCCGCGCUGGUUGACCUGCUGGCCAGCUCUGCCCCCCGCAGCAAUGCCACCGUCCUGACGAUGCUCAUGAGGAGUCACAGGAGCAAAGGGCACCUCGUGGCCCGGCCGCGCAUGGCGCUCGGGGCUCUGCUCGCUGCCCGGAUCGCACCCUCCGCCUCGGACACGGGGGGGCAGCGAGGGCGGGGGCUGGCCGCCGGCCGGGGGGCACAGCCGAGAGCCGGGAGCGCCGGAUCCCCAUCGGCCCCGCGCUGGCCGGUCGCAGGCUGGACCCCGGGGCAAGCCGAGGCGCCGAGGAGCAAGGUCAGCAGCAGCGACGUCACGCUCGUCUCCAACGCCUCGUCUCUCGGGGACGUUUUGACGCGCGUUCCUGACCGUCUGGCCGACCGGCUUCCAGGCUCGCGGCUGACCUUUCCCGUCCGGAGCCCGGAUCUCGGCAGGAUCAGCAGGAAACGCUGGUCCCCGGAACAGGGGACGCUGCGGCUCUCGAGCCGGCCGGGCGCCGUGGGGGCCGCCGUCCUGUCCGGAGCUGCCCUGUCCGGCACCGCUCGACGCGCCGCCUGUUCAGCCUCGGUCCUACGAGGUUUCCAGUGCUCCUCGGCCAGCGCCCUGUCAGCUGCUGAGACCCUGUCGCUUGCCAAAGAGGUGCGAAACCGGAGAGUCGCGCUGAGCAGCCCCCAGUUAUCCUGCCUGGCCAGACUGCUCGCCGCAAAGAACCUGACAGCCAACUUCGCCGGCUACCCACCAGACGUGCUGCUCUUCUUUGACUUUGCCGGUGUGCACAACCGGACCUGCAAAGCGUUUUACGCUCUGGCUUCUCAAGGGAACCUAGACCUGUUGCCGAAAGGCUCGACCCGAAGGACGCAGCUCCUGCGCAGGGCACUAGCGUGCUUGGCAGUGAGCAGCACCAGCCUGAGUCCAGAGCAGCUCGGCAGCCUCGGUGCCCUGGUGUGUGACAUGGAGCCAGCCGUCAUCACAGCCUCCCACCCCAGCGUCCUGGAGAACCUGAAGCUCUGCCCAGCGUUGUCCGGGGCCCAGCGAGCCGCCCUCAAUGCCGUGCUCCUCGGGGGUGCCACGGCGUACGGGUAUCCUUCGUCCUGGGAUUUAAGGAGCCUGCAAAGUUUGGGGCCACUCGUGCUGAGCUUGAAUCAGACAGUUUUGACCUCAGUGGCUGAGGGGGUGAGGAAGGCUUUCUGCAGGACCGUUGCUGCCGAGUACCGCAGCCAAGGGGUCUCCCAGAGGGAGAAAUCCGUGACCCUCCUGAAAGCCUUUGCAACUGCGUCGUCUUCGUCUCGCCGCAGAUUGAAGCGGAGCACGAAACACUGCCUGUCCGCACCGGUUGUCGCCAGCACCAUCUCCGACCCCCUCUUCCUCCUCAGCUACGACACCAGCGAGCAGUUUGAUCUGUGCCUGAGUAACGAGGUUUUAAAAGCAAAUCUGGCCUUGCUGCUGGAACAGCCUCUCACUGUGGAGUACCUCCAUGUCGUGAAAAAAAAAAUCAGUGAGAUCUACCCAGAGGGGAUCCCGGAGAACCAGUUAAGGCUGUUUGGGCAGUUGUCCCACCAGUACACCGCGGAGGAGAUCAGCACGUGGCGGGUGACAUCCAGUGACACGCUCGCAGCCCUGCUUGACCCCACGGCCGGCAAGUGGAAAGCUCCCGAGGCCCAGCAUCUGAUCACGAGAUAUUUGGAUCUAGGAGGCACCUUAACCGGGCCCUUGCUUCAGAAAAUUGGUGGCAGAAACCUGUGUAACCUGGCUGAGGAUCAUAUUUGUAGAAUAACUCCAGAAGCAAUUGGGAGCGCCGGACAACUAGACAUUUCUUCUUGUUCUCAAGACAAAAAGGACCAACUCUACAUAAAAGCCCAGGAGGCCUUUGCUGGCCAGGCUGGCACCAGAGCAUAUUAUUCCCUGAUUCAGCCAUAUUUGGGUGGAGCUCCAGCAAAGGACCUGAAAGACUUGGCUAAAACUGGUAUUGACAUGGACAUCGGCACCUUCACUGCCCUAAACCCUGAUGAACUGCAGAAACUCACUGUCAUGGAUGUGAAAAAUUUGCUUGGGGUAAACCUCCCCGAUCUGAAGCAAGCAGAAAAUCACCCUUCUGUGAUCAGCUGGAUCAAGAGACAGGACCAGCGGGAGCUGGACCAUAUCCUGGGAAUCGGCCUGCAAGGGGGGAUGGUGGAGCCCAGCUCCACGGGCUCUGCCACCCCUGCUAACACCACCCCCUCGGCCAGUAUCGCCCCCACAACCGCUGUCCUUGCCACCACUGCCCUCCCCGCUGUCACCACUAACAGCCACAGCACCGUUAGCUCCAGUACCAGCACCCACACGCCCCCCACCCCCAGCGCCAUCAGCCCAGCCGUACCUAACAGCACCCCCCCACACGCUCACACGACCCUCCCCGGCGCGGGUGGGAGUCCCGCUGUCACCCCCAGACCCACCGCCCGACCUGCUCUGACCCCUAGCUCCACCAACCCGUGCUCUAUCCACCAGCCUGCCACCUCCAAGGCCACCUCCCCAGCCACCGCCCUCACCACCACCCCUGCUGCUGUCAACCCCAGCACCACCUCUCCCGGCUUCCCCCCACCCCCUGCUCUCACACGCAAUGCCACCACUACUUCAAGCGCUGUUGUUAACCCGGCUGUUACCACCCCUAAUACCAGCACCCCAACAGUGCCCAUUAACCCUCCAGUACCUGGGGGUACCACCAACCCAGCUCCUACUACCCACAAUACCACCACUGCAAGCACCCGCACUGCUCUUAGUGCCCUUGCUCCUAACAUCACCUCUGCGCCCGUUGUCACCACAGCCACAGAAACAAACACCAUUCCCCACAAGCCCACCCCAAUUCCCAGCACCUCCGUCUCCACCCAAAAGGGUGCCAUCUCCUCAACUGCCAAGAUGACAACAUUCAAUUGCAAGACUGGUGCCCCUCCAGCAUUUCUCAGCCCCUCUUCCACCACGACCAGCCGUGAGACCACUAAGAAAACACCUACAGAAGCGCCAGAGCCACAGAACCCAACACCCUUUGGAUACAUCAAUCUACAACCUGAGGCUGGCUCAGGAUGCAGGCUCUCCUGCUUACUGCACGUACUCACUGCAGCCCUGGGAAUCUCACUGUUGCAAGGGCUUCUCUGACACCACCACCUCCGGGCUCACGCUCACUAGAUCCCUCUUCCAAUUUUCACCAUCCUCCAAAAUAUCGGUGCUGGCAAAUUCCCUGCUGAAAGCCAGAAAGCCAGGAAAGGAAUGAAGUUUGUCAAUUUUAGACCGGCAGGAAAUCUGAUUAUUUCUUAAGCCAGGAUAUGAAGGAAGAACAGCUAUUCUUCCAGGCCAAAAAAGCCCAACUCAAAAUAAAGCAGUAUGAUUAGAGGUUCUAGUUUCCCAUUACAAUAAUUAAGACCUUUUCAUCACUCAGGGGUCUUUUACUUGGUGGAGAUCAAUCCUACCACAAGUACGGCAGGAUCUCAUUCAAAUUAAAUCCCCAAGUCUCCUUUGUAUUUCAGGAUGAGAUCCAAGAAAAAAAACAGGUGUUUACUAGCUAGCUGCUCUAUAUAAUACAAUUAUUAGUGACAUUGAUUGGUCCAGCACCACAUUAAUGCUGACAGUGGGUCCAGUUGUGCUAGCUUUACUCAGAUCCAGUGACAUUGACUUCCUAAGCAAUCCCAGUGGGAGCUGUUGAAACCAGUGGGACUAUUCAGGGAUCCAAGUUACUGGCCAUUGCAAGAGAAGCAGCACAUGGCCCAGCAACAGAAUCUGAAAGCUCACUCAGAAAUCCACUAAAUUGCAUUUAACUUGCUUUAUGAACUUACAAGACUUUUGAUCGGGAUUUGUUCACAUUAUGCCAAGCCUAGUUAGAGGGAAGAUUAGUUGAAGACAGUGCAUACUGAUUACUGUUGUAAUGCUAUAUAAUAAAAGAUCAACCAAA